ACCAGCCAAUAGGAUUGCAGGAGAGCGGCACCAUCAGAGAUCAGAGGAAGAGCUCCUAAACUCGUUACGUUUGGCUUUAUUGCUUGUUUUGUUUCUUAUGAUCGAAUCUAGAUUUCCGGUUCCUGAAGCUCGAUGUGUUCAGAAGCAGCAGCAGCACACUGUUGCAUGUGAUCCAGGACAGACAGGAGCACAUGACCGAGUCACCGCCAGCAGCUGAGAGAAAACUACUGUUUUGAAUGAUGAGUUAUUUGAGGCAGUAAGUUCACAGGACGUCGUCUACAAACACCAUGUCAUCUAAAUCAUCUCUUCUUAAAGUCAUUCUCCUGGGCGACGGUGGAGUGGGAAAGAGCUCGCUCAUGAACCGCUACGUCACCAACAAGUUCGACGCCCAUCUCUUCCACACCAUCGGCGUGGAGUUCCUCAAUAAAGACCUGGAGGUGGACGGCCGCACGGUCACGCUGCAGAUCUGGGACACGGCGGGUCAGGAGCGAUUCCGGAGCCUGCGGACGCCCUUCUACCGCGGCUCCGACUGCUGCCUGCUCACCUUCAGCGUGGACGACAGCCAGAGCUUCCACAACCUCAACAACUGGAGGAAGGAGUUCAUCUUCUACGCCGACGUCAAGGAGCCCGACAGCUUCCCCUUCGUGCUUCUGGGAAACAAGGUGGACGUGACGGAGAGGCAGGUGACCAGCGAGGAAGCUCAGGAGUGGUGCAGGGAAAGCGGAGGAUACCCGUACUUCGAGACCAGCGCUAAAGAUGCGACUAAUGUUGCGGUCGCCUUCGAGGAAGCCGUCAGAAGAGUUCUGGCUUUGGAGGAUCGACACGAGCAUUUGAUUCCAACAGACACCGUCAACCUGCACAGAAAGCCUCGCAGCACCGCGUGCUGUUAACAGACCAGCUUCAUAUUCAAUGAUCCUCCAGUGAUCAGCGGCUGCACUUACUCCUUAACACUGGGUUGCUUUCAUUGGGUGGCGUUCUUGUGUCUGAACUGACAUGCAUGAUUUAAAAGAUUCUGUGCAUUCAGAUGUCUUCUAUAAAUAUAUAUACAUACAUAUAAAUCUGUCCUCUGGGAUUCGAGCAGGUUAUUGCAUAGAUAGACGGAUAUCAUUUUGUCUUGCAUGGGAGUCAAAUAGUGAAAAGCAAAUGCAAUAAAUGCACUGCGAAAACCUGCUUUUGAUUUCUUGUUUUCCAUUAAAAAUAACCUCCUUAAAGCACAGCUGUGUAAGAUCACUGCACUUUUUUCCAUCUGACAUAUAUAUUGAAUUUAACAAGUCUGUCACAUGCAGUUUGAUUCUUCAGUAAAUGCUUCUUGUUUUAAGGACAUUUAUAUAUUUUACUGGAAAACGAGACUGAAAUGCAGAUUUGUUUUGCAGUGUGCAUCUCAUGUGAUUUUCUUUUGCUAUAACUAUGAUUAACUAAUGCAGGACAGGUGUUCAUACACUGUGUGACCAUUUCUAAUAUAUAUUAACAUAAUUAUGUAGAGAGUGCCAAAAAUAUACACAGUACUUGUACUAAAAUAUGGAUGAAAAUGCACUUUGAAAAGAAGCACUAAAAUCUCAAUAUUGUACAUUGUUGAAUUGAAAUUAAAGAAGUAUUGAACAGUA